AUGAGCCGCCCUUUCGCCAACGCCGCUGCUCGCCGCGUUCCGACCGUGUCCGAAGUCGUGGCGGGGGCCAGGGUGAACAUUGUGCUCAAGGCCGACCAGCCCACGGGCAGGACGGUAGCGGGGACGCCCCAGCGGAGGAGGCUCCGACCGCAGCAGCCGGAGAUGCGCAAGGUAUCCUGGACACUGUUCUGCGCUCGGAGAGUGGUGGACCAGGCCAGCGGUUGCGACGGGAAGGUGGCGGCUGGCGCGGCGAUGACGGGAACCAAGGGCCGCCGCGGCAGGAAGUCGGGCUAG